GCUAUCACCGCCCAUCCAAAUUCCGUUAUUCGCUCCCUCUCUCUGUCGAUCGAGCUUUCGAUACGACGGAAAAGAAAAGAAAAGAAAAAAAAGCAAUCACAAAAAACGGUCUCCAAAGUUCGACUCUUUUAAAUGCUUCUUCUUCCUGAUCAACCCCCGAAAACGGCCCCCUCAAUAUUUGAAUUGCUGGAGGGAGAAGACUCAGAGGUUGUUCCAAACAAGCCAUGGCGAAGAAGACCUCACUGCCUCCGCCAAUCUCCAAACGCAAAUUGUUAUGGUUCAGUUGGAAGCUCGUGAUCGCUCUCUCAAUCUCUCUCUGCGUCUUGGCUCUUCUUCGACUCCAACACUACUCUCAAUCCCAACUUUCUUUUCCAUCUUCUUCUUCUUCUUUGGUGGUUCGUAGAUCUCGAAUUUUGAAUAGCCAAUUCGAAGGACCUCCGAAGGUGGCGUUUCUGUUCCUCACGCGUCGGAACCUGCCUCUCGAUGUCCUCUGGGGGUGCUUCUUCGAGAAUGCUGAUGUUGGUAAUUUCUCAAUAUAUAUUCAUUCCGAGCCUGGUUUUGUGUUUGACGAAUCGACGACGAGGUCGGCCUUCUUCUAUAAUCGGCAGUUAACUAAUAUGAUUAAGGUUGCAUGGGGAGAAGCAAGUAUGAUUCAAGCUGAGAGGUUAUUACUUGGAGCAGCUCUUGAAGAUCCGGCAAAUCAGAGAUUCGUUCUCCUGUCUGAUAGCUGUGUUCCUUUGUACAACUUUAGUUAUAUAUACAACAAUCUGAUGGCUUCUCCAAGGAGUUUUGUUGACAGCUUUCUUGAUGAAAAGGAAGGCCGCUACAACCCUACAAUGUCACCUGUUAUACCGAAGAACAAGUGGCGUAAAGGAUCACAGUGGGUUUCUUUAGUUCGGGGUCAUGCAGAAAUUGUUGUUGAUGAUGAGGUUAUCUUUCCCGUCUUCAAGAAGUUUUGCAAGAGACGACCACCCCUAGAUGCUAGCAAGGGAAAGCAAAAUAUUAAACUCCAGAAGCAGCACAACUGUAUCCCUGAUGAGCACUAUGUUCAGACGUUACUAGCAAUGAGUGAUCUUGAAGGUGAACUUGAACGAAGAACGGUGACCUACACCUUAUGGAACCAUUCUGCAACGAAUAUGGAAAGAAAAGGUUGGCAUCCUAUUACAUUUAGCUACGCAAAUGCUAGCCCUCAACAAAUCAAAAGAAUAAAGGAUAUCACUCAGGUGUACUAUGAAACCGAGCAGCGCACAGAGUGGUGCAGUAAUAAUUCUACACGCGUUCCAUGUUUUUUAUUUGGGAGGAAGUUCUCUAAAGGAGCUGCUGUGCGUCUUGUGAGUGAAGGAGUGGUCGGCCCUUUUAAUGCCUCUGUAUUAUUGGAAACACCACUGUGAUUUCCCUCAGUGCUCUGACCGUCCGUGUUUUAACAGCUCAUCUAACCAUCAACCUAGUUUGCUCGGUAUACAAUUUUGACACAGAGAGAGAGAGAGAGAGAGA